UGUCGUGGAGCGAAUGACGUCGCUUCCCACCACCCAGAGGUCGUAUUUUGUUUUCAAGUUUAAGAGGAAAAAAUAAAUAAAUUCAAAAAAAAAAAACAAAACAACAACAGCAGCAGCUGAACGACGGUCUUGCACGUGGUGGCGUCCGAGCAAGCACCGCCAUUGCGGCUCGCUAAUGUCAGGUCACAAUGAAGUGAUUGUCGACGGGGGCGAGUGUGAUUGAAAGCCGCUCGUGUCAGCGGAGGCCGCCCCGGGCAGCUGUCAGGCGCACAUUGGCUCCUCCAAUAGAUUCGAAGCGGUGGGAGGAUCAGGAUCAGCAACGGCAGCGGCAGCAGCAUCAGAGCAGCCUUCCUUGUGGCUUUGUCCGCCCGGGAAGCCAUUUUGGAAACUCGGGUUUGUCGGACUCUGCCCCUCGCUGCAGUUUUGCAACUCGCGACAGACGCUUUCGUGCCCCCUUUUUUUUGGGGUUUUUUUUUUUGUUUGUUUUUGUACCCGAUCCCGGAAUGCCGGGGAAGGAAGUUUUGCCCACCGACAUCCGUCAGUGGGUGUUGUGCGUUCGGGAGCCGCUGUAGGAUGAGCGAACCCGUCCACGGACUCGCAUAAACGGUCUAAACAAAGAAGAAUGACCAUGGAUUUUUCCCAACUGCACACAUACGCGCCGCCACAGUGCGCCCCAGAGAACACCGGCUAUACCUACUCCCUCAGCUCCAGCUACUCGACGGCAGCGCUGGAGUUUGAGAAGGAGCACCAGAUCGCUCCGGUCUACGAGUCGCCCAGGAUGUCGCGGCGGAGCCUGCGUCUGCAAACUGUUACUGGUCAUCAUGGCAACAACAGUCUUAUGGACUACACUCAGAAGCAGAGCAGCUACACGACCAGGAAGGAGUCACGGACCCUGCGCAGCAGAAAGCUGCAUUCCAGCUCCAACGCAAUGUCUUUGUCCCUGAGCCAAGCUGGCACACCCGGGAGAGACCUCAGCUUCUCCGCCGUCAGCACGCCGAUUAACAGCGCCACCAUGGUGGAGGAAAGCCACGCCGCGUUUGACGUCGGCCCGCACGCGACGGCGGCGGCGGACCAGGCGCGGCUGAGACAGCGCACCGUCACGGCGAGCGUAACCACGACGACCGUCGACGGCAUCUGGGGCAGGUCGUCCCAUUCCGAGCGCAACUCAUCGAGCGUCAACGGCGACGUCGCCGCUUCCAACGGGUACAUCUGUAAGGACUGCUCCUUCCACUCUCAGUCGAGCGAGUCCCUCGUCGCACACUCGUCACAAAUGUCGUCGUCGUCGUCCCACGCCGCCGAGGCCUGCACGGAUGCACUCUCCUAUUCGUCGUCACCUUUUACGAGUAUUUACUCCCGAGACCGGAGUCGCAAAAGUAAGACAGGUGUCCUCGCGUUGGUGUCGAAUUCGUGUGCGCGCCUGAGCAAAAAAGUCAUGGCUCCUUUCGUGUCCAUCUUGGCGACGGUCUGCAGCGGCGUCCUCUGGCUGCGCACGCGUACCAAAAGCGGGACGCAAAGCGCCGCAGGUGUCUUGGCGUCGUGCACGGACUCGCUGAGACAAACGGCGUCCUCCGGUUUGUCCCAAGUGUGGCUCCUCCAGCGCAGGAUGAAGGGCGACAGCUCUCAAGACUCUCAGGUUCAAGCUCACUCGAGUUACUGCGGCAGCGUGAACGUCAAAGAUGUGGUGACGGGAGAUUCAUCACAUCUCAAUCUCAACGGUUCCCUAUGCGACGACUGCAAAGGCAAGCAGCACUCUUCGACGCACGCCGUCCCGCUGACGCGGUCGUCCAGGUCUCGGCGCCUGGCGGGGGCGCUUUGGAGCCUUCUGGCUGGCGCAGGUUCCUGCCUCCUGCAGCCGGGUCAUUGGGCGGUAAAAGGUGCCCAAUCUUUGGGCUCCGGCGCUGGCGCGCUGGCACAGGGGCUGCUCGCAGUGCUUUGGGCAAUUCUAGCAGCUCCGGUGAAGACAGGCCGCGGUCUCCUGUGGUUUCUUGUCUGUGGCUGGUACCAUCUUGUGUCCCUCAUGUCUGUUGUCAACGUCUUCGUUCUGACACGAUGCCUCCCCCUACUGUGGAAGCUGCUCCUCCUCCUCCUGCCCCUCCUCCUCCUCUUAGCUUUGUGGCUGUGGGGGCCGUCCUCCGCCUCCUUGGUCGGUUUCCUCCCAGCCGUGAACCUCAGCGAGUGGCGCGCUUCCUCUCCCGUCGCCUACCUGUCCAAAUUGUUGCCAGAGUCCGCGCUGGAGUCUCUCCUGGGCCAGCCCUUACCUCCCGUAUCGCAAACGCUGCCAAUUGUGGUCCCUGGCGUGGACUUGACGCGCCUUGAACGUCUGGAGCGGCAACUGGCUCUGCUGUGGGAGCGAGUCCAGCAGAGUGACCAGAAGCAGGAGGAGCACCACACCAGCAUACUGGCUCUGUACAAAAGCCUGCGCGAGAAGCUCCACGCCGAGACCGACAGGGAGACGCUGGAACUGUGGACGGCGUCCCUGCUGGAGCAGAGGCUGGCGGUUGUGCGAGGGGAGCUCAAACAGGACCAGGCCCGCAGGGAGCAGAGCGAAGAGCAGCUGAAAGCGUUUCAAGGGAGUCAAACGACGCGGUUAGCUGACUUGGAGUUGCUGCUCGACGCUCUGGCUGCCAAGACCAAGGAGGUGGAAGAGAAGCAGCAACAGUAUGAACUUCACAAGAAGAAAACGGAACAAGUAGUUGUUGCUCCAACAGUAGACUCGCCUGUUUCUAGUGUUGGCGUGAAGCAGGAGGAACACGACGCGCUGCUGGGCGAGGUGCAAAGACUCGAGUUGGACUUGGGGAAAAUCCGGCAGGACCUGCAGGGCGUCCUGGGCUGCAAGGGCAAGUGCGAGCAGCUGGACUCGCUGCAGGAGACGAUAACCACUCAGGUGUCCUCCCAAGUCCGCAAGGAGUUGCAGGUUCUGUUCUUCGGCGGCGUGGCGCAAGGCGAGCUGCCGGAGUCUUUGGUCCUCUGGCUGUCGCGGCGCUACGUGAGCGCGCCCGACCUGCGCGCGUCGCUGGCCGCCCUGGAGCGCGGCAUCCUGGGCAACGUUUCGCGGCAGCUGGAGCUGAACCGCGCCCAGACCGUCGGCGAGGCCGAGGUUAAGGCGGCGUCCGUCGCCGGCGCGGUGACCGGCUCGGUGCAGAGCGUCGCCUCUACCGAGGGCCUGUCGGAAGAGCAAGUAAACGUGAUCGUCCAGAAUGCGCUGAGGCUUUACUCUCAGGACAGGACCGGUCUGGUGGACUACGCCCUGGAGUCCGGAGGUGGUAGCAUCCUCAGCACUCGCUGCUCCGAGACGCACGAAACCAAGACGGCCCUCAUGAGUCUGUUCGGCGUUCCCCUCUGGUACUUCUCCCAGUCCCCUCGCGUUGUCAUCCAGCCUGACGUGUACCCGGGCAACUGCUGGGCGUUCAAAGGCUCGCAGGGUUACCUGGUGAUCCGGCUUUCCAUGAGAAUCCGGCCCACGUCCUUCUGCUUGGAGCACAUUCCCAAAGCGCUGUCCCCCACUGGAAACAUCACGAGCGCCCCGCAGAACUUCACAGUCUUUGGUCUCGAUGACGAGUACCAGGAAGAAGGCCAGUUGCUCGGUCACUACACCUACCAAGAAGCCGGCGAAUCACUUCAAACCUUCCCUGUUAAGGAGCCGACGGAAAAGUCCUUCCAGAUCAUGGAGGUGCACGUGCUGUCCAACUGGGGCCAUCCCGACUACACCUGCCUGUACCGCUUCCGAGUCCACGGGGAGCCUCGGCCCCAGUGAACCAACCCGACCGGCCGCGACGCACCCACACGCCGCAGAAAUACGCUACGAUUCCAUACCGUGGACAGCAAAGGCGCGCUACAAAAGAAAGCGGGCCCACCGAAAGUCGGAGAUGGAGUUUUUAGUCCAAAUGGAGACUUUUUACGAGAAGAACUGAAGUGGAAAAUCUUUUAAAUGUGUAAAGACACCUCUUGCACUGAAUGACCGUCGGGGGGCACGAGUCUCUCUCCCCCCCCCCCGCGACCCAAACUAAAAUGGAACCCGGGCCUUUCCCCUCGCGCCACACCGCGUAGCGGUUUGGGCUCUUUUGUAGUCCGUAACGUCCCGUUCGGAUCUGGCCGGCGGUCGCGCCGUCGUCCUCCCAUUUCAUUUUUUGCGGACGGAGAUGUUUUUUUCUACUGUGCGACGCACGCACGCGACAAAACCACUUGAGGUUUUCCUUCUGCUCUGUAUAUCGACCAGCAUAGACAAAAAUCUGCGUGAGUGUGUGGUUUUUGUUUUUCAUGUCCGCUUUCACGAGCACUGGCUCUGAAAGUCACGUGACCGGAUCUCGUAUCGGUAAUCAAUUCAGAAUGGUUAGAAUCUAAUCUGCUCGGGUGUUUUUAUUUUUUUUUUUUUCCUUUUUUUUACAUUUUCUGUUCUGGUCUGACUUCAGCUAAAUUUCCCGCUCUCCUUCAUCUGAGACCCGGACCGAAUGUAAUCUGUAUAUUUUUAAAUCCAUCAUAUAGUUUGUAUUUUUAUGACGUCUGCUUUUUUUUUUUUUUUUUUUUUUGGCUUUUAUCAGUGUUGAAUUUUAUCAGAGCGACCCAUCGUGAUUAUUUUACCCGCUGUUUUUUUUUUGUUUUGGGGGGGGUUGAUGAUAUUUUUGUAAUGAUGCACUGCAGAUUUGGUCGUCAACAGCAGGUUGACCUUCGAUUAAUUGGCCGUGUCACUCGUCAUUUUAAUUGAAAAUAUAAGUGAUUGCCUGAAUUAUGUAUAAAAGUUUCCUUUUUUUAAUUUAUUAAUUGCGGUAUACGAGUGUCUGCCAUGUAUAUUUUGUUGAAAUAUUUUCAGUGCAUUUUUGGAAGCAUCUUGGGUUUUUCUUUUUUUUUGGGGAAGAAAAAAUGGUAAAUGGCUAUUUUUUGUUCUGUUUUAAAACAAGUGCUUUGGAAAAUAUUCCAAUAAAGAAUUUAA